AUGGGCCAGGAAGUGUCCAGCCAGAUCGACGAGAGCACGCCACCUCAGACGCUGAGCGAUCGCAGCCUCGAGGCCGUAGCCCAGUUGAUACUCGAUGGCAAGGUGCGGCGCAUUGUUGCCCUGACUGGAGCAGGCAUCUCCACAGCUGCAGGAAUUCCUGACUUCCGGUCACCGGGCACCGGCCUCUACGCCAACCUCCAGCGCCUCAAACUGCCCUAUGCAGAGGCCGUCUUUAGCAUCGAUUACUUCCGCGAGAACCCUCAUCCAUUUUACAUCCUCGCCAAGGAGCUCUACCCGGGCCAGUUCCAUCCCACCGUGGCCCACGCCUUCUUGUCCCUCCUCGCUGCCAAGGGCCUCCUGCGUAUGCUCUUCACGCAAAACAUUGACUGCCUCGAGCGCGCUGCUGGCGUCCCUGCCGACCUCAUUGUCGAGGCCCACGGCUCCUUUGCCACCCAGCGCUGCAUCAACUUUGACUGCCGCACGCCCUUUCCCGACGACGAGAUGCGCGAGCACGUGCGCGACGCCCGCGUGCCCCGCUGCAAGCAACCCGGUUGCGGCGCCCUCGUGAAGCCCGACAUUGUCUUUUUCGGAGAGAGCCUGCCACAGCGUUUCCACGAGUUUGGCAAGCUGCCGGCCACCGACGCCGACCUCGUGCUCGUGCUGGGCACGUCGCUGACCGUCUACCCCUUUGCGGGCCUGCCGACCAUGGUCCCAGACCACGUGCCGCGCGUGCUCUUCAACCGCGAGGUGGUUGGCGACCUCGGCACCCGGGCCGACGACGUUCUGGAGCUCGGCAACUGCACCGCGGGUGUGCUGAAGCUGGCGGAUGCACUGGGCUGGCGGGCCGAGCUGGACGAGCUGUGGCGGACUCUGGUCGGCGCCGAAGAGGUGGAGCGGCAACGCGGCCAGGAACAAAUCCUGGCCACGGCAGGUCCGCGGCCACCGAGCGAGAGCAGCGACGGCGACAGCGACAACGACAACGACGGCGACAUGGACGUUGGCAGGAAAGUGGGCCCUGGUGACGACGACGAUACCAAGUAUGUGGGUGGCGAGUUCGACGACACAAACGACCAGCCGCCCGAGAUUGGCGGCGCACUGUCGUCGGCCGAGGCCGAGGUCAACGAGAUUGCCAACGAAAUCGAGGCCAUCUUGAAGCUCGACGAGAGCGGCAAAGAGACGGACCCGCCCUCAGAUGAUGCCACGUCGACUGAAAAGCCCACAGCAGACAGUUCCAAGACAUCAGUGGACGGAGCAGCACCAGUAGAAUCCACAAAAGCGACCACCUCGGACGCAGCGCCCAAAGAGACCGAGGAGACAGCCCCAGGAAAGGAACCCAUUACUUCAGGCUCGAAAGAUAAACCGAAACACAUCAUUGAGCGGCCACAGCUGUAA